UUCGCUGGCCGAUCGGUGUUCGACCGUACUGCCUGUGCUCUCCGCGAUCUUCCUGCGCUGCCUUUUUGGUCCCCACGUGGGCUGGAGGGUGAUGGCGGCGCUGGUGGUGUCCGAGGCAUCGGAGCUGGGCAGCCGAGUCGGCCCUGGCAGAGGUCGGGUCCCUCGGGGCCGAAUGGCCAAUCAGAUCCCCCCUGAGAUUCUGAACAAUCCCCAGCUACAGGCAGCCAUACAAACCUUGCCUUCUAACUACAACUUUGAAAUCCCCAAGACCGUCUGGAGGAUCCAACAAGCCCAGGCCAAGAAGGUGGCCUUACAAAUGCCGGAAGGCCUCCUCCUCUUCGCCUGCACCAUUGUGGAUAUCUUGGAAAGGUUCACAAAGGCUGAAGUGAUGGUGAUGGGUGAUGUGACCUACGGGGCUUGCUGUGUUGAUGACUUUACUGCAAGGGCCCUGGAUGUCGACUUCUUGGUGCACUAUGGCCACAGCUGUUUGGUUCCCAUGGACACCUCAGUCCAAGACUUCCGGGUGCUGUAUGUCUUUGUGGACAUUCGGAUAGACACUCUCCACCUCCUAGACUCUGUCCGUCUCACCUUUCCUCCAGGCAGUUCACUUGCUCUGGUCAGCACUAUUCAGUUUGUGUCAACUUUGCAGGCAGCUGCGAAGGAGCUGAAAGCUGAGUAUCAUGUGAGUGUCCCACAGUGCAAGCCCCUGUCACCUGGGGAGAUCCUAGGAUGUACAUCCCCUCGACUACCCAAGGAGAUAGAAGCUGUUGUGUAUCUUGGAGAUGGCCGUUUCCAUCUGGAGUCUGUUAUGAUUGCCAACCCCAAUGUCCCUGCCUACAGGUAUGAUCCAUACAGCAAAGUCCUAACCAGAGAGUACUAUGACCAUCAGCUCAUGCAGACCACUCGCCAGGAAGCCAUAGCCACUGCCCGUUCAGCUAAAUCAUGGGGCCUUAUUCUGGGCACUUUGGGUCGCCAGGGCAGUCCCAAGAUCCUGGAGCACUUGGAAUCUCGGCUCCGAGCUUUGGGACUUCCCUUUGUAAGGCUGCUACUCUCUGAGAUUUUCCCUGGCAAGCUCAGUCUACUUCCUGGAGUGGAUGUGUGGGUGCAGGUGGCAUGUCCACGGCUCUCCAUUGAUUGGGGUUCAGCCUUUCCCAAACCACUGCUGACACCCUACGAGGCGUCCGUGGCCCUGAGGGACAUUUCCUGGCAGCAGUCCUACCCCAUGGACUUCUAUGCCAGUAGCGGCUUAGGGCCGUGGACAGUGAACCACGGCCGGGAUGCCAAGCCCCAGGGCCCUGGCCCACAAGGGCUGGGGAAGGUGCCAGAGGGGUUCGGAGGCCCCGGUCCUGCGGCGGCCUGUGAGGGGUGCAGCUACACCGACCGGAAAGCCGCCCCGCCAGCUCCCUGAGGCACCUAUGACCUGCAGGGCCCUGCGCUCCGGAGGAGCAGCCUCGAGGUUGGUGGUUUUCUGAGCAGGAAGCAGACGUUUUCUCCGCGCUGGAAGAGCCCACAGUGUGCAGGGGCCUGGAGGAGGCCCUGGGGACGGUGGCACAGGCUCUAGACA